UUCUUAUAUUUUGAAUAUAAAAUUUAAAUGUCCGAGGUAGAAGAGAGGAUCACUAGAAUCAAACAGCAUAAAGGCGUCAAGGGUCUCCUCAUUGUUGGCGAGGAUGGCAAUAUUAUUAGGAAUACCCUCGGAUCUGGCAAUGAUAAGGAGUCCAAGUCAUACGCACAUCAUGUCUCUGAGAUUGCUAAGAAGGCCAAAUCAGUCAUCCGGGAUAUUAAUCCCUUGGAUGACCUUACUUUCUUUAGAAUUAAAGCUAAGAGACAGGAAAUCUUAGUAGCUCCUGAUAAGUCUUAUUUCUUGAUUGUGAUUCAAAAUAUUGACGAGGAAAAUGAUGCUAUCAAUAGGUCUUAA